AUGGUGAAGUACCGGUUCCACCAGUACCAUGUGGUGGGGCGCAUGAACCCGAGCCCCAACGACCCCACGCCCAAGAUCUACCGCAUGAAGCUGUGGGCCAUCGACCAAGUGCGCGCCAAGAGCAAGUUCUGGUAUUUCUUGAGUCAGCUGCGUAGAGUGAAGAAGGCUCACGGUCAAGUCCUAGCUAUCAACGAGAUCUUUGAGAAGAAUCCGACGGUGGUGAAGAACUACGGCAUGUGGGUGCGGUACCAGAGCCGCACGGGGUACCACAACAUGUACAAGGAGUACCGCGACACCACGCUUAAUGGCGCCGUGCAGCAGAUGUACGACGAGAUGGCCUCGCGCCACCGCGUGCGCUUCCACGGCAUCCAGAUCAUCAAGACAGCGGAGGUGCCGGACGACAAGGUGAAGCGAGUGAACACGCUGCAGUUCAUCGGAGACAAGAUCCGCUUCCCCCUGCCCAACCGCUCCGUGCGCGCCUCCUCGCGCUCCCUCAAGACCACCUUCAAGGCCUCCCGCCCCAACACCUUCGUGUAG